AUGGCGUUGAAUAACGCCAAAGACACUGACAUCCUCCUCCAACCAGUUAACGAUAACCUAUUUCAUUGGCAAGGACUUAUCAAAGGACCACCAGAGACUUCGUUUGAAAAAGGAUGGUUUAAAUUAGACUUCCAAAUAGACUAGAACUAUCCGAUCAACCCACCUAAAGCUAAAUUUAUCACUAGAAUUUUCCAUCCUAACAUUCAUUUCGAGACUGGGGAAAUAUGCCUAGAUAUUUUGAAACCUUAGCAUUGGUCUCCAGCUUGGACAUUGGAAAGUUUAUGCAGAGCAAUUGUAAACUUAUUAGUCAAUCCAAAUGCUGAUUCACCUUUGAAUUGUGAUUGUGGGAAUUAGAUUAGAGCUGGUGAUAUGCUAGCUUAUAGAACAAUGGCUUAUAUGUAUACAGUAGAAUUUGCUUGUGAGGAGUCUAAGGAAGAAGCUGAGAUGAUAUUGAUGCAAAGAAAAUUAUAAGAAUGA